AUGACCUCCCUGUCAGCUCUCGCGCCUCGUUCACUCCGUUUACCUCACGCCCUUCCCCCUCAAGCGAUCCGUUUUCCCUCCCGUCACGCCCCUCGCUGUCCUUCUCUCCCACCCCCAACCCCUCUCAGUUGCAUCGUCGACGGUAACAAGAAGUUUCGCAUAUUCUCGGGUAACUUCGCGUGCGGCAUCGUGCUGGAGAACCUGGUGGUGCAGCACGCGCUCAACGGCGUGCACGUGGGCGCCUGCCAGUUCGCUGCGCGCCGAGUCACCUUCCAGCACAACGUGGCGGACAAGAGCUCCACAGGCGGGGCGGUUUUCAACUCGAGGGACAGCUCACCCACGGCUGGCUCGCCCCUGCAGUUCACUACACAGCUCACCCACCCCACGGCUGGCUCGCCCCUGCAGUUAACUUCCUGCUUCCUCCUCAAUAACACCGCCCUCACAUGUCUCUCUUCCCUACUGUCCUUCUCCCCCAUCUCCCUUUGUCCCUUUUUCCUCUCCAGCUCUAGAGACAGCUCACCCACUGCUGGCACGCCCCUGCAGUUCACUACGUGCGUCUUCCUUAACAACACAGCUGCCGGCAAUGGCGGCGUUAUCAACGUGGGGAGGGACCCCACGGGAGGGCCCGAUGUGAAGAUCGCUAAGUGCACUUUCACUCGUGGCGGCGCUCGUGGCGGCGCUCGUGGCGGCGGUGCUAUCCUCACCACAAGUCCAAUCCUCACCUCCAUCGGGACGCGCUUCUCAGCUAACGCAGUGAUGAACGGGCGAGGCGGUGCCAUCUCCAUACAAGCGCAGGGCGCGGUGGUGCAGUUCUGCAGCUCCAACUUCCGACGCAACAGGGCGCCGGUGUAUCCCGUGUCGAAUGACAUGAACGCCGGGACGAGUGACGGCACGGUGACUGCGUGUGGGAGCACUGGACCCAGGAGAAUAAGGAAAACGCCUGCCUUGAAGGAAGUCCAGAGCUGCAGGAGAAACUUCCGCCGCAGCAGGGCGCCGGUGUAUCCCGUGUCGAAUGACAUGAACGCCGGGACGAGUGACGGCACCGUGACUGCGUGUGGUAGCAUGGGGCCGAGGCGGAUCCGGAAAACCCUAAACCCUGAAGGAGGUUCAGAGCUGCAGAACCAGUUCGACCCUGCCAAAGCCUGCACUGUGUGCAAGAUGGGGUACACGCUCGAGUCCAAGUGCGUGGCCUGCUCCCCGGGGUUCUUCUCCGGUCAGAAGGGGCGCUGCACAGUGUGUGGCACCGUGGACAAGAAGGGGCGCUGCACCGUGUGUGGCACCGUGGACAAGAAGGGGCGCUGCACCGUUUGUGGCACUGUGGACAAGGGCAGAAGGGGCGCUGCACCGUGUGUGGAACCGGAUAAGGUGCGUGGUAGUGUGGACAAGGUGUGUGGCACCAUGGACAAGGUGUGUGGCACCGUGGACAAGGUGCGUGGUAGUGUGGACAAGGUGCGUGGUAGUGUGGACAAGGUGCGUGGUAGUGUGGACAAGGUGCGUGGUAGUGUGGACAAGGUGCGUGGUAGUGUGGACAAGGUGCGUGGUAGUGUGGACAAGGUGCGUGGUAGUGUGGACAAGGUGCGUGGUAGUGUGGACAAGGUGCGUGGUAGUGUGGACAAGGUGCGUGGUAGUGUGGAUAAGGUGCGUGGUAGUGUGGAUAAGGUGGGUGUCAGGGACAAUAUAGCAUGGCAGAAGGGGCGCUGCACCGUGUGUGGCACCGUGGACAAGGGGUUCUUCUCCGGUCAGAAGGGGCGCUGCACCAUGUGUGGCACCGUGGAUAAGGUGCGUGGCAGGGAGAAUAGGGCGAGUGGGUGUGAGAAUAAAGCAUGUGAGAGGGAGGGACAAGGGGCACUGCGCACUGUGUGCAAAAUGGGAUACACGAUGGAGUCGAAGUGUGUUGCCUGUGCUGAGGGGUUCUUUCUCCGGCCAGAAGGGGCGCUACACCGUAUUCAAGAGCUCACAGGCGAGCUCUCCAACCUUAACAACGCCACACAGGCUGCUUCCUCCAAGCGCUGCCAGCAGAUGUGUCAGAGGGCCCAGACACAGACGAAGCUGUACAAGAACUACUGCAACCUGUGGGCCUUUGUGGAGAACAGGUGA